GUUCCAUACUGAAGUCUCCCCGUGACACUCGCAAAAAGUAGCUGAGCCAACGUUUGGGUCGUCACCAAAAUCUCAAGGUCUACAGGCUGACCAAUGGCAUCGUCUGAUGUCAACAUGCACGUGGAGGAGGUGGUUGUCGUGACUACGGCAGACGGGGUGGGACAAGGCAGCCCGGCCGAGGAGAAGAGCAUGUUGGUCACUGCAGAACUGGAGCCGUCGGGAGAGGUGAUGGCUGAGGAGGGGGAGGGCCAACAGCUGGAGCCUGAAACCACCAUCUCCAUACCCAAAGAUGCUGUUAUAGUGAAACUGUCGGAGGAGGUGUCAGUGGAGGCGGAGGUGCUGUACCCCAUCACCUGUGGAGACAGCAAGGCCAUGCUCAUAUGGAAGAAGUUUGUCUGCCCCGGAAUCAACAUCAAGUGUGUGCAGUAUAAUGAGCAUCUGAUCAGCCCCAAGGAGUUUGUGUACCUGGCCGGCAAAUCCACUCUGAAGGACUGGAAGAGAGCCAUACGACUUAAUGGAGCCAUGCUAAGGAAGAUCAUGGACACAGGGGAGUUGGAUUUCUACCAGCACUCUAAGCUGUGCUCCAACACCUGCCGCAGUACCAAAAUCGACCUGAUGGGGGGGCGAGGGUCCCUCAGCAGCCAGACGUCCUUAGAACUCACACCACAGACACCCAGCUCAGAGGUAAAUGGAUCCCCAAGCACACUGCUCUCAGAGGCCUGCGACGACACCACAGAGUGGGUUACAGCCAUCGGGGAGGACACCAUGAACUUCUGGCGCAACCUGAAGGAGGCGGGUCUUCUGGAGGAAGUGAUGUCAGAGUUGCAGAAGGAGAUGCAGGAAGCGCUGGCUGGGCUGCAGGAAAGGCUGCAACAACCCCCUCUGCUGGUUCCUGAUGCGGCCCUGUUGAAUAAUGUGGUACAGAGCUUCGGUAUGUUGGACCUGGUCAAGAAGGUUCUAGCCGGCCACAAGAGCCAAAUGGACCGAUGCAGAGAACAGUACACACGCAGCCUUGUGGCUCUGGAGCAGCAGUGUGAUGAGCAUCGUAAGCGAGCGCGAGAGCUAAAGAGUCGCUCCCAGACCCUCAAUAGCGUCCUGAUGACCCUCACGCCCGUCAGCACGCCCACACAAACCCCAACCACACACUCUCACACCCCCACCAAGCGCCCACGCCUCACCCGCGCCGUCUCCGGCCCGGCCUCCAUCACCCUCCCCACCUCCUUCAUCCAAUCAGGAGCCUCUACCUUCACCCUCACCCAAUCAGCAGCCGUGCCCACCGGUCUCGUCCAACCAGCAAGCUCCUCCUCGACCGUGACCCUCCCCCUCACCCAGCUCACUGGUCUGCCUUUGGGCAGAAUGCUGUCUGGGUCCGCCCCUCUGCUUGGGGGCGGCGGCUACACGCUGCUGACCUCACCGGGGGAGGGGUUUGGGGAUGGGACGGGGUUGACCCUACUCAGCUCUGACCCCUCUUCAUCUUCUGGUGGCGCCACCAUCCUGAAGCUGCUGAGUCCAGUUCAGUUCCUCACGCUGCCCCAGCUGUCCACACCUACCAACGCCCCCAUCACACUGGCCACCCCACUCCCAACCAGCACAGAGGUGAACGGAUCUCCAAGCACCUCCACCAUCACCAUCGCCACAGCCCCCCUAGCCCCUGCCCCCACCCCCACCCCUCCCAGCAACCCCCCCACCACCACCACUACCUCCUCCACCAUCACCAUCAUCACCACCCCCACUACCCUCCCUACCGUGGAGACGGUGACCGCCACCGUGGAUCUGGAGUCUGCUGCCGUGGCAACGCAGCCGGCCCCCAACGCCCAGAGCUGCCUGUCUGUCGCCGUGGAGACGCUGGGCUCGCAGGAGGAGCAGGAGGAGGAGGAGUCAGGGGAGACCGAGGUCAGAGGGCAGGAGGUUAAAGAGGAGGCGGCGGCUACGGGAGAAGCGGGGUCGGACUGAAGCAUCAUGGGAAAACGCCAAUACACACCGCACCGCCACACCUGCCCCACCUGCCCCACUCACUCACCCACCGACCGCCAGUGUUGUGUUAUGACUGUUGCUAUAGCUACGGCCGUGUCUUGGCGAUGCAGGGAGGCCCUCAGAGGGGUCUGUGGUGGCAUCCAUCUCUUGACCUUUCACCCCUGAUAGUGUUUAUAAAACCCCACUCACCCCCGAUACAGCAGCCAUUUCGUCACUCUGGAGCCCUGAUUCAGUGUUGGUCAUUGCAGUAUGACUCCACUUGUUCACGCCUGAUAUCCCCUACAGCAGUGUUUCUCAAACUUUUCGUGCCAUUCCCCCCUUCAGAGGAAGGGUGUCUGUCUGCGCCCCCCUCGAGCAAAAUGGUUACGAAAAUACAAAUAAAUAGGCCUUCGUAAAGUUUAUUAGAGGCUAAUAUACACGUAUAUGGCACGUAUACGUAUACACGUAUAUUAGUGAAUACAUUAAUGAAUAUAUUGUGAUUGUAAAGUGAAUGUGUUGACUUAAUGGCAAAGCAGAAAAGUAUUAAAGAAGAAAAACCUUCUGACUUCACACGCCCCCCCUCCAAUACCUCCGCGCCCCCCUAGGGGGGCUUCCGCCCCACUUUGAGAAACACUGCCCUACAGUAUCCAUCUCAUGUGUAGCGGUGGCCCCUAACCUCUGCUUUAAUAUCCAUAUACACCCCUUCAGUGCUCAGCUGUACCCUCUCACCCCUGGCUCCCUUACCUAUCUCUGGACCUCCACCUUUUGGCCUUCGCCAUUAUAAUCCACUUUCACCUCGUGCAGCGUUUUUCUUAAUCCACCCCUUCUCUUUAAUUAUCCACCUCACACCCUCCGUCCUCCCAGCCAGCUGUGGCCCUUCACGACGUACUGCAGCUCCACCUGUCUCCACUCCUCCACGGUGACGGGGAGAAUGGAUUCAGUUGUUACAGACUAGUGCCACAUAUUCCAAAUGACCCGUCUAAUCUAAUGACCUUGUUUCACCUGUCCAAUGCAACCAGGUGAUCGUUGUCCUUUUUUUUUACACACCUUUACCCCAUACCUCCAUUCCCGUGGUAACCAUCUGUAUCCUUUCAUACCUCCUCCUUCUGUGUCCACCCCUCCACUCCUCCCUCAUCACCGCUUUCUAUCCUUCCAUCCACACAGUGCCCAGCUGCAUCUCUUCCGUUCCUCAGCUGCGCUACCUGUUAGGUUCAUUCACACCCCUUCACCUGUCCUUUAUGAUCCUCCAUGUCUAUCCCUCCAGCACCCAAACUGUCUCCCCUCAUACCUCGGCUGCGCUGUCUGUUACAUUCAUUUGCACCCCUUCACCUCUCUCACCUCCUCAGUCAUCCUUUCCCUUCUCUUAUCCUCCUCUUGGUUGCUGACUUUUAUUCUGUUCCUCCUCUCUCUUCUCAGUGUCCUUUAUGCACACACACAGUGUGUGUGUGUGUGUGUGUGUGUGUGUGUGUGUGUACACACAGUGUGUGUGCAGUAUGCGUGUGUGUGUUUGUGUUCCUCCUCUCUUUCACUGUCUCUGAGUGUCCCUUGUUUACUCAGUAUGUGUGUGUGUGUGUGUGAGAGAGAGAGAGAGAGAGAGAGAGAGAGAGAGAGAGAGAGAGAGAGAGAGAGAGAGAGAGAGAGAGAGAUCUCUCUCCACUGGCUCCUGAGUGCUCCCUGAGUCUGAGCACACAACGCAUAUAAGGUCCUGCCUCCCACUGACACCACUGUAAUAUAGUGUGUGUGUGUGUGUGUGUGUGUGUGUGUGUGUGUGUGUGUGUGUGUGUGUGUGUGUGUGUGUGUGUGUGCGCAUGCGUGCACGCAUGUGCGCGUGUGCAUGCAUGCUUUGCGGGCGUGCACCGCUUUAGUAUUCUGCACUGUUUAUUACAAAAAAGAAACUCCUAACUAACUUUAGAAAUGCACAAAACUAUACUCCCAGCAAAAGUAUUUUGUUUAUGAAUGACAAUGCAAAUUAUAAUAAGUACAUUUUACUAAAAUAGAUGAAUACUUAUUUAGGUGUUGAAUGGAGCCUAUUUUGCUAUGAAGUGUACCAAUAUAUAUUCUUGCACAGCUGAUAUUUGAUGACUUGUGUUGUAAGCAGACUGGAAGAUAAUAUUUUUUUUGUAAUGUCUGAUGAGAGUUAAGUGGAAGCUGGUAUAUUUUGUAAUGUUUGGUAUGACAAGUUUGGAGGCUUGAAUAAUUUUUUGUAUGUGUGCUAAGCAUUGACAUUAAGCUGAUAUAUUUUGUAUGUGUUCUAUGCGGCGAGAUGAAGCAGGUAUAUUUUGUAUGUUUGCUAUGCGUUGCCAAGAAGACGGUAUAUUUUGUAGGUUUGCUGUGUGCAGGCAGGAAGGCGAUAUAUAUACUUUGUAUGUUUGCUUUGCGUUGGCAGGAAACAUAUCUAUUUUGUAUGUGUGCUAUGCGUCGAAAGGAAGUAGGUUUGUUUUGUACGGUAUGUGUGUCGGAAGCUACAAGUAUAUUUUGUAUACGUGUUCAAUGCGGAGAGUGGAUGAGCAACAGUGUGUGAAAUCUCAGGAGUUCCCCAGUGCUUUAGGCUGACAUCCAUAGGCAGCCUGCAGAGACUAUUGUGACUGAAUGGCUACAGAAAACACAGUAAACAAUGUUAUUAACCCUGAAUAAUGUGU